UAUGCAUCAUGAAAAUUGAACUUUUAAAUGUCCCAUUUUACCCCCUACCCCUUAUUUCAAAAAAGUUAAACCAGUUCUACGUUAUCGGUCAAACAGCAUGGCAGCGUACAUGAUUCAAAUGUAAAUAAAAAUAAUGUUUAAGGAUUAUUUUAAAUAUUAUAAAAGCCGCAACCCACCUCCAAAUUUAGAAAAUGUUAUUGAUGUCAAUAAAUCUACAAAGGUUAAACAAGUAUUUGCUAAAUGUGCACUUAUUAACUCCAAAUUGUCUCAUCUAGGACUUACAGAAAUAAAUUCUUGGAGAAUAUAUGAAUUUAAUGAAAUACCAGGAUUAAUUUUUAUCAAGAAUCCAUUCACGAAUGCUGGUCAACGUCACUGGAUCACAAAGUGCCUGAAAGAUUAUCCUCGAAAGCCAAAUAAAUUAAAUAUAGAUGCUCAUAGUCUUCUGGGAGACAAUGAAACCUGGUGGGACAUUUGUACAAAAAAUGACGAACGCGCAAGUGGUUUAAUUCCUAAACUACGCUGGGCAACGAUGGGCUAUCAUCAUAAUUGGGACACUAAAAAUUAUUCCGAAGAUCUUCGAGGAGAAAUUCCUGAAGAUCUAACUGAGAUGUCGAAGAUAUUUGCUCAAGUCCUUGGGUUCAGAGAUUUCAAUGCUGAAGCUGCUAUUAUAAAUUACUACCGCAUGAAUUCUACCUUAGCUGGUCACGUAGAUCAUUCUGAAGUUAAUAUUCAAGCGCCAUUAAUUUCAACAAGCUUCGGACAAACUGCUGUGUUUCUGAUUGGUGGUCCGAGACCCGAGGACCCAGCUCACGCGAUUUUUCUUCGAAGCGGUGAUGUCGUUGUUAUGACAGGACAGUCAAGGUUGAAUUAUCACGGAGUUCCUAAAAUUUUGCCUGCUGAUUCUUCGACCUGGGACUUGGACUUGGACAAUAAUUUUUUUGAUGAUGAUUGGAGUAAGGCGAGAAGUUUUAUCAAUCAAACGAGAAUUAAUAUUAAUGUCAGACAAGUUUUGAAAUCUGGACAGAGUAAUUUAUAUCAGAGUUAAUUUAUUUAUAAGUGUAAAUUAUGUUUCAUAAAAUUUAAUAAAUUUUAUAUUUAAUUA